GCCGCCGCCGCAGCUGAGGGCCCGGGUCCCGCCUCCGGCCCGGUUGUGGCCAGCUCAGUGACCCCACUCCCCCCGCACUGGGCCGUCCGGGCCAGAGUGGGGGAACCCCGCUGCCCCGCCUCCCUCUCUCCCAAUUCCGUCCCCUCUCCCUCACCCCCCCAGCCUGCGCGCGCGCGGAGCUGCCUCAGCAGAGUCUAAGAUGGACAUAGAAGACUGCAAUGGCCGCUCCUAUAUGUCUGGUAGCGGGGACUCAUCUUUGGAGAAGGAAUUCCUCGGGGCCCCAGUGGGGCCCUCAGUGAGCACCCCCAACAGCCAGCACUCUUCUCCCAGCCGCUCACUCAGUGCCAACUCCAUCAAGGUGGAGAUGUACAGUGAUGAGGAGUCGAGCAGACUGCUGGGGCCGGACGAGCGUCUCCUGGAGAAGGAUGACAGUGUGAUCGUGGAAGACUCCUUGUCGGAGCCACUGGGCUAUUGUGAUGGAAGCGGGCCAGAGCCUCACUCCCCUGGGGGCAUCCGCCUGCCCAAUGGCAAGCUCAAGUGUGACGUCUGCGGCAUGGUCUGCAUUGGACCCAACGUGCUCAUGGUGCACAAGCGCAGCCACACGGGGGAAAGGCCCUUCCACUGCAACCAGUGCGGUGCCUCCUUCACCCAGAAGGGCAACCUGCUGCGUCACAUCAAGCUGCACUCCGGGGAGAAGCCCUUCAAGUGCCCCUUCUGCAACUAUGCCUGCCGCCGGCGCGACGCACUCACUGGCCACCUCCGCACACACUCGGUCUCCUCCCCUACGGUGGGCAAGCCCUACAAGUGCAACUACUGCGGCCGGAGCUACAAACAGCAGAGCACCCUGGAGGAGCACAAGGAGCGGUGCCAUAACUACCUGCAGAGUCUCAGCACUGAAGCCCAAGCUCUGGUUGGCCAAUCAGGUGAUGAGAUACGGGACCUGGAGAUGGUGCCAGACUCCAUGCUGCACUCAUCCUCUGAGAGGCCAACUUUCAUUGACCGUUUGGCCAACAGCCUCACCAAACGCAAGCGUUCCACCCCCCAGAAGUUUGUAGGUGAGAAGCAGAUGCGCUUCAGCCUCUCAGACCUCCCCUACGAUGUGAACUCGGGUGGCUACGAGAAAGACGUGGAGCUGGUGGCACACCACAGCCUGGAGCCUGGCUUCGGAGGUUCUCUGGCCUUCGUGGGGGCCGAACAUCUGCGUCCCCUCCGCCUCCCGCCCACCAAUUGCAUCUCAGAACUCACGCCCGUCAUCAGCUCUGUCUACACUCAAAUGCAGCCCCUCCCUGGCCGACUGGAGCUUCCGGGGUCCCGGGAAGCAGGUGAGGGGCCCGAGGAUCUAGCUGAUGGAGGUCCCCUCCUCUACCGGGCCCGAGGCCCCCUGACUGACCCUGGGGCCUCCCCCAGCAAUGGCUGCCAGGACUCCACAGAUACAGAGAGCAACCACGAAGAUCGAGUUGGGGGGGUGGUGUCACUCCCUCAGGGCCCCCCACCCCAGCCUCCUCCCGCCAUCGUGGUGGGCCGGCCCAGUCCUGCCUACGCCAAAGAGGACCCCAAGCCACAGGAGGGGCUACUGCGGGGCACCCCAGGCCCGUCCAAGGAAGUGCUCCGGGUAGUGGGCGAGAGCGGCGAGCCAGUGAAGGCCUUCAAGUGCGAGCACUGCCGCGUCCUCUUCCUGGACCACGUCAUGUUCACCAUCCACAUGGGCUGCCAUGGCUUCCGAGACCCUUUCGAGUGCAACAUCUGUGGCCACCACAGCCAGGACCGGUACGAGUUCUCUUCCCACAUUGUCCGGGGGGAGCACAAGGUGGGCCAGUGACCUCCUGCCCCACCUCCGUCCACCACUCCACUGCCCUGCCUGCGGAGGCUAGCCCUGUCCUCACCAUGUCUCUAGGGGUUGGGUUGUAUAGCCCCCACCACUGGCUACCUGACUUCACCCUUGACCCUGACCCGUCCUCACCCGUGCUCCUCCUCCCCACUGACUGAUCUAAGCGUUGUGAUGAAACAGGUCUUUUGCUCAUCUUUCUCCUUUUUCUCUUCUCCUUUCAUCCCACCAUACUCACUGAGUUAUUUAUUAAUACAAUUUGUUGAGUUUUUUCUUGCUUCUUUUUUUUUUUAACUUAUAUCACUUACCACACCCCCACCUUCCUGCCCAGUCCUCUUCCACUUUAGGCCUAAUUUGUCUCUUUGCGCUUUCUCCAACAGCCCCAGGAGUAGGAAGCUCCUCUUAGUGCUAAGAGGCCUUGGGCUUCCUGAUUUAGGUCCUCAUCUUUUGCCGUAUCUGAUUCUUCCGUUUUUGAUGCUGAUCGCUCUCUCUAUUCCUACCUUAGCUCUGUGGCAUUACCUCUGCUCUCUGGGACCCUUCAACCUGGUACUCCAUACCUCUUGUGCCCUCUCACCUUAGGCAGCUUGCACAACUCCUGAUCAAAUGAAGAAAUCCCUCAUUUGGAAGUAGGAGAGGCUGAAGAAAUUCUCCCCAGGCACCCUGGGACUGAGGGUCCUCUUGACAUCCCACUAGGAAUUAGAGUUCCCCAAAGCCCACAUUCGGGAUCUGCCUCUCCAGUGUGAUCUCUCUCUCUUCUCUCCUCGAACAACCCCCAACACUGCUGUACUCUCUUCAAACUGCCUGUCUACUCAGUGGUGGUUUUUCUCUCCUUGGAAUGCCCCAACUUUAUAUUCUCAGGGGCCAAGGCUAGGUCAGCAAUCCUCUGUCUCUGACACGUGUGGAGCCACAGGUGCCUAACUGGGAACCAGGGAAGGGAAUGGGUCAAAAUUCCUCUCUUUCUCUCCCACCUCUCAAACUUCCUCACUCUAGUGACCUACUUGGGCUCUCAGGGGCUCCUAGGUCCCUGUCCUAUGAGAAACUGGUGGGUUGCUGCCUGAUAACAGGGGGUAUCCUCAGCCCCCAAGUCAUGCUGCCUUCUCCCCGCUAGCAGGAUUCCCCCUCUCAUCCCCGGUCUCCUGGGCCCUGUUCUUAGGAUCAGUGGCAGGGAGAAAAGGAUGUCUCUUUUCUCUCUCCUAACUCUCAGUAUAACCAAAAAUUAUCCCCAGGAUGAGCAAGGGCAUACGCCCCUCUCCCCAUUCCACUCUUGUGCCAGCAAGAAUGGGAUGGACACAACUGAACUGGGAGAGUCAUCCUUUACUACCCCCUCGACACUCAGCUCCCAGAUGUAGGGCAGGAGGGGGCACUCUCCUGGCUGCUGCAGAGACUCCUGGCUAUUUGGGUAACCUAGAUAGUGAGACGGGGGCAGGAGGAGAUUGCUCCACCACCAAGUGGAGGUCUCUUUCAACAAGAGUUCCCUGCCCAAGGCCACAGCCAUCCCAUUCUCUGCUUCCUUGAGAUUCAAACCAAAGCCUGUUUUUCUAUAUUUAAAGAUUAAAAAGUAAAAACCAAACAGAACACCUCACAAGUUGUAACACUUGGUCCUUCUCUCUCUCUCUCUCUCUCCCCUUUUCUCUUCCCUUCCAUUUUUCUUUCCACAUGUCCUUUCCUUAUUGGCUCUUUUGCCUCCUACUUUUCUCACUCCCUAUCAGGGAUAAUUCAGGGGGAUGGUAAAGGGUUGGCUAAGGGACAGACCCUGGGAUUGGGGCUCUUAAGGGCUCUAAGAGCGUCUACCUUAUCCUAUUAUGGGAAGGGAGACCCUAAAAACUUCUUUCUCCUCUUCUCCCCCACUAUGUGGUCUCCCCAAGAGAACCAGAUUGUCAGGGAGGGACACUGUGGGUUGAUUGUUUCUCCUUGACAAUGUAGCAAUAAACAGAUGCUGCCAAGGGCAGGGGAUCAGGGAGCCACUUGGGAGGAGAGUGGUCUCUGGAGAAGGGGAAAGUCUUCUUGAGAGCACCCCCAGGGAACUGGCUCCUUGUUUCAGAAUGGCAGCAGAGUUGAGAUUCAUAUCUGGGGUUCCCCUCAACUCUCCUGGUUAUCGAGCCCCUUGCUAUUAGACCUGCCUUCACCACCUCUUCUGCGUCUGCUGUGUAUUUGGUGACACCUCAUAAGGACUAGUCCCUUCUGGGGUAUCAGAGCCUUGGGGUGCCUCAUCUCCUCCCCGUCAGUUUUGGCACCUGUAACCUCCUGGAACAUGAAGGACUAUGCUCUGAGGCCAUACUCUGAGCCCAUGAGAGCAGAGACUGGAAGGGCAAGACCAGGUGCUAAGGAGGGGAGAGAAGGGCACUCUGUCUCUCUCCAGACCAUCACUGCACUUUAACCAGGGUCUUAGGUACAAAAUCCUACUUUCCAGAGCCUUCCAGCUCUGGAACCUCAAACAUCCUCAUGCUCUCUCCUAGCUCAUUUUGCAUAAAAAAAAAAAAGUAAGAAAAAGAAAAAACACACAUUGAAACCCACAUGGAGAAAAGAGGUGUUUUCCUUUUAUAUUGAUAUUUAAAAUCAACACCACACAAAAAAAUUUCUAAAUAGACACUUUUCCAGACCUUUGUUUUUUCGUGUCAGUGUCCAAGCUGCGGAUGCGAUUUUGUAAUACUUCUGGCAGCUUCUUUCCUUGUGUACAUAAUAUAUAUAUAUAAUAUAUAUUUUUAAUCAGAAGUUAUGAGAACAAAAAGAAAAAAUAAAACACAGAAGUAAGUGCAAUACCACCUCUCUUCUCUCUCUCCCAGGGUUUCAUUUGUAGCCUAUGCUUGGUGUCUCCUUGGAUCUUACCCCUUCACCUCCUCCUCUUCCUCUGGGGCCCCCCUUCCUUUUUUUUUUUUUUUAAAGAGUUUUUCUCCUUUCUCAAGAGGAGUUAAACUAGCUUUUGAGACUUAUUGCAAAGCAUUUUGUAUAUGUAAUAUAUUGUAAGUAAAUAUUUGUGUAACGGAGAUAUACUACUGUAAGUUUUGUACUGU